GUCUAACUAAAAAAAUAAAAUAAAAAAAGUUUUUAUUUUUAAGAUGCAUUUUCAAGUUUUGCAUAUAUUAAGGUCAACAGAUGGUCAUAUGCCAGUCAAGUUUGCAAAUCUGUUUUUCCACUCCUACUGUUUGCUGUGAUUUUAUUACAUCUAAAAAUUUUGGAUGAGGGUCCAGUGUAUAUGCAUGUCUCUACCCAAAAUCCUUUUUUGCUGGAAACAGAAUCUUUGGCUUAUCUGGGAAAUGUAGUUGUCAUCUACAUCUAGCGAUGCUCUGCUGACCUUGCUGUGCUUACGGUGCCAUUUUUUCCAUUAAAUAGUUAUUGCGUAUAAUUUGUGUAGAUUACUCAGACUCCAAAGCUACCACCUGGGCAGCAUGCCAAUGUCUAUAGCAAAAAACCAAGAUUGUCCAGGCCGUCAAGGUGUGCAAAUCAGGCAGGUUUAUUGGAGAAUACUGAAACGUUUCGACCUCAACUGAGGUCUUUAUCAAGCUAUAGACACUGGCAUACUGCCCAUCUUGUUUUUUUUUUUUCUAAUAUUGUCCGAGGCACAGACAACCUCAGGUCCAGCUAAGCACCGGGUAUGUGGAGGGAGUGCAGAAGACUGGUUCUAAAAUGUCUAUAGCUUGACACUCUGGCACAAAAAACAGGCUGUCGUUAUCACAUGAAAUGGCUGGGUUUCCGAACUGCGUGCAGGGAAGUUUUUUUUUCUCCUCUUUUUCUUGCAGGGGUAUUCGAGACGACAUUGAGGAAGAAGAUGAUCAGGUAGGUUUUGUUUCUGUCUUUAUCCUUAAACAGAAUAUUUCUCUAUGAGUCACACAUGGACCACACUGUUUCUAAAGCCCCACUCUGUAGUCUGUGCAAGCUGGUGAUUAGCUCACCAUUUUGGUAUAAGACCUGUACAAGGCGCCACCUAGUGGGAGCCUAUUACUUUCAUUUUUCUUCAUUUUUGUACAUACCUUGUUGCUGCUUCGCAUACAUAUAGAAGGAAACUGGAAAACAAAUUGCAAGAAUCCAAAACAUUUUCACGUGGUUUCAUUCACUUUCACGAUCACUUCUUAUACAUCUUUUUUUCAACUGAAUGAGCAGCACCUUGGUGUUUGUGAAUUCUCAAGCCUUUCUUGUUCAAUUUAUUUGAGAAAUUACGGAGCUUGCACCCAUCUGUAAUAUAAAAUGUGCCUGCUCCUAAAUUCUCAGACAGAGCUCUAUGGGAGAAUGCUAAUUGGUUGAGAACUAGCCACCUUCCUGGUUGCUGCCAUGGGCACUGGAGGAGGUUCCAUGCUGUGGGCUUUAUGAUCAGAAGGAGGAUGCAGUAUAUGUGUUUGAGUUUUUAGUGAAUGGAUUAAAAAAGAUGGGGGGAGCACUAGCACCCCCUGUUUCUGCUGUGUGUUCUCUGUAAAGUGUUUGGAUAGAGGGUGAGUGAAUAUUACUUUUUAUUUAUUUUUUUUCCUUUCAUGUUAUUUUUCAUUGUUAAGCAGCACCGUUUGGGUUUAAAUAACUAACAGGUGAAAGGGGAUCCUAAACACCCAGGAUAAGAUUACUUGGUAUGCAUUUUGAAUUUUAUUAUGGUUGUGCUUGAAAUCAAAGGGCUUCAUUAUCAUUUAACCCUUUCAUUAUUCAUGCUUUGAAAUGUUGCUAGGGUAGAAACUUAAUUUGGUGUGUGGUUUGUAUAACGCUGGGUUUUACUGCUUGUACUGCAUCCCGUGUCCCAUCACAAUCCUUCAUGUGUUCCUCCGCAGGAAGCCUAUUUCAGAUACAUGGCCGAGAAUCCGACAGCUGGACUUAUCCCAGAAGAGGAGGAAGACAAUCUUGAAUACGAUAGUGAUGGCAAUCCCAUUGCUCCUACAACCAAGCGUGUUAUUGACCCUCUGCCUCCAAUUGACCACACCUUGGUGAGAGCAAGUUAUAAAGUGGAACUGUAAGGGGCAUCUACUGUGCCCAUGUAGGUUUUAUUAUGUUAUGUGCUGAAUCUUCUGUUUCUUACACAGAUCGAGUAUCCUCCUUUUGAGAAGAACUUUUAUGAGGAACACGAGGAAAUCACCUCCCAGACUCCACAGCAGAUCGUGGAACUGCGCCACAAACUGAAUCUGCGGGUAAGUAAAGAGUCUGACCUGUUACCGGGGUGGGAGAUGCUGAGUUGAUUUGGGUGAUCAAGUUUACAAGCUAAAUUGACUUGUUUACAGAGAAAUGCCAUCAGAAAAUGCAAAGUACCCUUGUGCCUCAUUGUAAUAUAAACUCUCUACAGGUCUCUGGGGCAGCUCCACCACGUACUGCCAGCAGCUUUGCUCACUUUGGAUUUGAUGAACAAUUGAUGCAUCAAAUUCGGAAGUCAGAGUACACUCAACCGACCCCCAUCCAGUGUCAGGUGAGUAAGGCUUUUUCUUUUUUUCCUGCACUUUUAUUUAUUUAUUUUUUUGCUAUAUUUUCCAUUGCCUUGUUUGUUUUAAUUUUUUUCACAUUUUAUAGGGAAUUCCCGUGGCAUUGAGUGGACGUGACAUGAUUGGCAUUGCAAAAACUGGAAGUGGUAAAACAGCAGCUUAUAUCUGGCCGAUGCUGGUACACAUUAUGGACCAAAAGGAACUGCAGCCUGGUGAUGGACCGAUUGCCGUCAUUGUAUGUCCCACACGUGAGCUGUGUCAACAGGUAUAACUGCAUGCUUAUCUUAUUAUACUUCUUCCAAAACAAUGUGCAAAAUCCAACCAGAGAUGACUUUCUCCUGUAAAGUGCUGCAAAUGUCUGUAAUGAGAGAGGGAGCAAUUCUGGACAAGAAUGGUUUAGUGCAUGUAUGUGUAUAGAAAUAUGUCAUUGGCACAGAGUUCAUUACUAUAUCUCUGCCUUGUACAUAUAUUGAUCACAGAAUACAUGGCAUUCUCGAAGCAUUAAAUGCUUUCCAAAGGGUCUUAUUCUCCUGCACUGAUACUUAAAGGACCACUAUAGGCACUCAGACCACUUCAGCUUAAUGAAGUGGUCUGGGUGCCAGGUCCAGAUAGGAUUAACCCUUUUUUCUGUAAACAUAGCAGUUUCAGAGAAACUGCUAUGUUUAUAAUAGGGUUAAUCCAGCCUCUAGUGGCUGUCUCAUUGACAGCCACUAGAGGGCUUCCGCAGUGAGAAGACGCUUUCCUAUGGACUGGCUGCGCGCGCGGCUCGUGCCGCGCAUGCGCAUUCAGCCAAAGAGGAGGAGAGGAGGCAGAGAGGAGGAGGAUAGUUCCCCGCACGUCGCUGGAGAAAGAGGGAAGUUUAACCCCUUCCUCUCCAUCCAGCCCGGUGGGUGGGGGCACCCUCAGGGCACUAUAGUGCCAGGAAAACAAGUAUGUUUUCCUGGCACUAUAGUGGUCCUUUAAAACAGGAACUGGCUGCGAUGUCAGACCAUCCUGUGCCUCUCAUUGCUUUUCCACAUAAAAAAAGUGUAUGCACGGUUUAAGCAUGAGUGAAAUUAAUUGAAUGCAUAUUAUUAUUAUUUUUCUUUGUCUUAGUGGGGGUCGGGCAAAGUUUGACAUUUAUAAAAUAUUAAUGAAUGCAUUGAAUCAUUUUCCAGCAGAGGUGAUUUAGACUAAUUUUGUAAAGGAGUUGAAGGUUGCUUAGUGUAGUCACAUCGCUGCCAUGAGUAGGAAAACAAGACCAUGAACCCUUUGUUUUCAGAUCGAGAAUGUUUAUUUGUUAGAUGAGCCAGUUGGCUUCUAUCUGCUCUGUGUAACUUGUUUUGGCCUUCAUAAUGUGUUUUAGAUCCACAACGAAUGCAAACGGUUUGGGAAGGCAUAUAACUUGCGCUCUGUUGCGGUGUAUGGCGGUGGCAGCAUGUGGGAGCAGGCAAAGGCUCUGCAGGAAGGAACGGAGAUUGUAGUCUGCACACCGGUGAGUAUAUACACAUCCAAACUUCAAUCUGCUGUCUAAUGGGCAUUGAGUAAGGGGUGGCUUAACAUCAUGUAAAUGGGCAUUGAGUAAGGGGUGGUUUAAAGCAGCACUGUCAUGCCGAAUCCUGUUUUUUUUUUUUUUUUUUUGUUUUUUUUUUUAAACCCCCCUUUCGCCUCCACUAUCUCCAAUUGACCCCCUAGUCACCCCCAAAUGCCCCUAAGCCCCCCACGUUACCUAUUUUUUUUAAUCAUUCUUUUCUGCCCUGAUCUUUAUUCAGGGCGCCGCCAUCUUUGUGUGGCUAGAUGAAGUCCCUGUGGGACGUCAUCUGCCCACACUAGAUAGCACUGAGAUUCCUGCACAUGCCCAGUGAAACACCUGGACAUGGGAACGGGAAUUUCAUCUAUUCAUUCAUUCAUCAGACAGACAAAUGAAUAGAAAUGUCAGACGAACAAACUAACACUGUGUAUCAGUGUUAGUCUGUUCGUUCAGUUUAUUACAAGGAGGAAGCUACCGGCACGCAGCUCCUUCCUUGUAAUAUGUAAAGAUAGAAGCGGCAGGGAGCAGUGCUCCCCACCACUUCAUAAGCCCCCCAGUCCCCCUUCACUCUACGGGGGUCAAUAUGACCCCCAUAAUAGCACAAGGGAGAUUAAAAUCUCACCAAUGCCCCUACUCGGUCCUAAAGUAAAAUAAGGGGGGAGACCUAUUGUGUGUCCCCUCCUACCCCCCACCCUUGGGUGGCGGGUGGGGGCCAUGAUGAUAAUGAGUUGGGGAAACCACUGUGCUCCCCCCCCUCCUCCGGGCCCCCCCCCCUCCAGGUGGCGGGUGGAGGGAGGACCUCCCCCCAUUAUCAUUAUGACCCCCACCCACCGCGCAGGGGUGGGGGCUGGUGGGGGGACAAUAGGUCUCCCCCCUUAUUUUACUUUAGGGCCCCCACCUGUCGUUUAGGGGUGGGGGCCAAUAGUGUUUUGUUUUGUUUUUGUUGUUUGUUUUUUUUUUGUUUUUUUUUUACUAGACAUGCCCCUACUCGCAGUAUAGCGAGUAGGGGCUGAAUUUACUAAUACUAAGUAAUUUUUACUUAGUAUUAGUAAAUGUGGCUGAAAGACCAAUUUAGGUCGGUCAGCCUUUUAGUAGAUAACUCCCUAAUUCCCACGGUAUCAGGGAGCUAUCUACUAAGUGGCUGCAAGAUGCAGCCACAGCACGAAUAGGAUCGGUGAUCGAUCCGAACAAAGUACCGAAUUGAGUUCUAAAAGAAACAAACAUACUGUUCUCAUUCAGUUAGAAUGCAAUUUGGCAGUUUCGUCUAAAAUGACAGGAAGCAUCGCGGGAACACAGAGGAAAGGUGAGAAUUAUGGGAAAAUUGCUCUGACCAGCGGAAAUGAAGCACACUUUGCUCCUCCGCUGGUCAGAGCUGGUCAAGCGGAGGAAUCCUCCCUACUUUGUCUUAUGAUUUUAAAGACCACAAAAGAAGACAGGAAAAAAGAACAGAUCCUGAGAGAGGGGGGAGAAGAGGAAGAGAUUGAGGAAAGGUAAGUACGGCAUGACAGUGCCGCUUUAACAUCAUGUAAAUGUGCAUUGAUAUUUUUUUUGCCAGUUUUUAUUUGAUCAUCUUUCUGCUUCUGCAGGGGCGUCUCAUUGACCAUGUGAAGAAGAAGGCAACAAAUCUCCAGCGGGUCACUUACCUGGUGUUUGACGAAGCCGAUCGCAUGUUUGACAUGGGCUUUGGUAAGUUGCUUUCUAGGGGCAGAUGUUGGGUGGGAAACUGUCACCUUCCUGAGUCUGUGUAAAGAAUUGUUCCUACACUAGAGCAGAAACCUCAGUGCAAUUAUUGAAUGUCUUGUGCAUUACCCUGUUCUCAAAUGUAAACAGAUGAGCUUCAUGGGCAAUAUUUCAGAUAACAAAUGUAGUUGGCCUGAACGUGUCAAGUCUGUAAAACUGCGGCUGGCCAGACUGCUCCAGGUCUGCCGGCACUAGUAGAGACAUGGUUGUGGAAUGCCCACCACUAAGAGCACUGGGCCUAAUCCAGAGCCGUGAAGGCUGCCACAGAGUUCCCUUAGUCAUUAAUAAAACUGUCCCCAAAAAGGUGACCCUUGGCUACCUUGACAGCUUUGGUGGGGGCAAUAUUUGCCAGUUUAGGCUCUAUCUUAAAUAAGAUGGUCUUACACCGUUCAAUGACUGCCCAUUUACUGUACAUGUUGGUAAUAAUUCUAUGCACUUAUUAAUAUUUUAUUAAUAUACCAAACCAAGAUAUGACAUUAAAGGUUCGUCCACUCUACUAAACCUAAAGUGUUCAGGAAAGGGUUAACAGCAAUGUCACCACAUUAAGCUGGGUUCAAUCAGAAUUAAUCUACUUACUGGAGCUUGUAACAUUCUGUGUUUUAUCAAAUUUCGCAUUACAAAUCUCACACAUUUUUUUUUUUUUCUCUUCUGCAGAAUACCAGGUUCGAUCUGUAGCUAGCCAUGUACGGCCUGAUCGACAGAGUAAGUUGAAGCUUUGAACAGAUUUACUUUCAUGAUAAACCUUUUAUUUCUUCCCAAAAUUUGGGAGAUAUAACCGAACUUCGCUUGUUAAGAUUCUUACCUAUUGUUUCUCCUGUACAGCUCUCCUAUUCAGUGCCACCUUCCGCAAGAAGAUUGAGAAGCUGGCCAGAGAUAUUCUGAUAGAUCCGAUCCGUGUCGUUCAAGGAGAUAUUGGGGAGGUAACCGUUUAAUUUUAUUCACAUCCCCUACUUGUUUUAUUUUUUUCCCUCAUCUUAUCCUCUCACUUUACUGUUUCCUAUUUGCACAACUUCUUUUUAUUUUUUUAUUUUUUUGGUCGCAGAAUGAAAUUUAUAGAUACCACAAAUUUAGGUCCUUCUGUUUUUUUUAUUUUUUUUAUUCUAUUCCUAGUCUGAUCUUUAAAGGACCACUAUAGUGCCAGGAAAAUAAACUCGUUUUCCUGGCACUAUAGUAUUAAUAGGUCCCCCUCACCGUCGUGGCCCCCCUCCCGCCGGGCUGAAGUGAGAGGAAGGGGUUAAAUCACUUACCUUUCUCCAGCGCUGGGGACUCUCCUCCCUCUUCCGCCGCAUGCGCGGCAAUAGCCGCACGUUCAGUCAGUCAGUCCUUGGGAAAGUAUUCUCAAUGCUUUCCUAUGAACGCUGGCAUCUUCUCACUGUGAAAAUCACAGUGAGAAGCGCGGAAGCGCCUCUAGCCACUGUCAGUGAGACAGCCACUAGAGGAUGGAUUAACCCAUAUGUAAACAUAGCAGUUUCUUUGAAACUGCUAUGUUUACAGCAGGCAGGGUUAAUCCUAGAUGGACCUGGCACCCAGAUCACUUCACUGAGCUGAAGUGGUCUGGGUGCCUAUAGUGGUCCUUUAACUGUUCAUGCCUGAUAUAUGAUAAAUCUUGUUUAUGUGACACUGAUCAAUUAAUACUAUCUCUAUAUGUCUUAGGCUCUAAAACUGUUCUGUGACAAACUUAAUGUUCUUACCAAGCAAGCUUGAUCUCUUUGGGCCAUUUUCCACUAGCCACACUUACUCUUUGCUUCUCUUUCACACAAAUAUCCAGGCCAAUGAAGAUAUCACUCAAGUGGUGGAGAUAUUGCCAGCAGGACCCGAUAAGUGGGCUUGGCUUACACGUAGGCUGGUUGAGUUCACCUCUACUGGAAGUGUCCUUCUCUUUGUCACGAAAAAAGCCAAUGCAGAGGAACUUGCUGCUAAUUUAAAAGUGGAGGACCACCAACUUGGCCUUCUUCAUGGAGAUAUGGACCAGAGCGAGCGAAACAAAGUUAUCACGGACUACAAGAAAAAAAACAUCCCUAUACUGGUAGCUACUGACGUAGCAGGUAGGUAUACUCCAACAUUGUAAAAAUGCAAAAUGUUCUCUUUGAAUGAAGAAAGGGAUCUAUCAUGCUUGUAGAUAUGUGAAAGAAAACGUAAUUAUUUAUCAAGAAAUGUACAUUUAUUACUCAUUAAAUUUCUGUUACAUCCUGGCGUCUGUAGAUUGUUGUUGCCCAACUUUAAAGGAUACUGUAGGCACUGUAACUGCUUCAUCUCAUUGAAGUGCUUAUUGUGUCUGGAAUUCCCUGGUGCCGUCUUUCUGUUCCGAGUUAAAACUGUUUUUAAUGUUUUAAUGGUAAACUAGAGUCCCUAGCAGCCCAUCCCCUCUUUGCUGCUUGAAGGAUCAUUAGCCAGAGCAGCAGUGGGUGGCUCUGAUUGGCUCAGAGUUUAAUGUGACCGCUUUCAGCCUAUCACACAUCCCAUUGUUUUUAUGAAUUGGUUAGAAGGAAGUGUGUAAUCUCUGCCCUAGUCCUAUCUAAAGCGAGGGCCAGGUUGUGGAUGGCCAGGGCCCCUGAUUCAGUGCUAAAGUGCUUGAAAAUGGUUUAGCACUGAAUGGCGAGACCGUGUCAGAGGAAUUCAAGCACUGAAACUAAUUCAGUGAGAUGAAAUGGUUAUGGUGCAUACAGCAUCCCUUUAAUGAUUCUCCAUUUAUCCAUAUCGGAAGAAUGAAAGGUCCGUUUUCCCUAGGAAUCUCUUUUGCUGUUUGUAGGUCCUGGAGCUUAAUCCAUUAAACUAUCUUGCUGUCGAUAGUUAUCAGAGCUCUAUUUCUGGUGCAUCAUUAUGAUUUACAGAACAUUUAAUUUUAUUACCUACUGAUGUCAUUUUCCACUUGGUAGAUUUGCACUAGAUCUGACCACACCUGCUCACAUCAAGUGUGUGGUUAUAAUCCCUCUCCCUCCUCCAACAGCCCGUGGUCUGGACAUUCCAUCAAUCAAGACUGUGGUUAACUAUGACGUGGCACGGGAUAUUGACACGCACACUCACCGUAUUGGUCGUACAGGAAGAGCGGGUGAGAAAGGUGUUGCCUACACACUUUUAACUCCAAAGGACAGCAAUUUUGCUGGUGACUUAGUGAGGAACCUCGAAGGCGCUAACCAGUAUGUGUCCAAGGAGCUGAUGGAUUUGGCCAUGCAGGUAUACAUUUUAAGAGUAGUUAUGGUUUGACGAUUACAAAUUGUUUAUAUUACAGACUGGAGAAGUUGGAAGAAUAAGGAGGGUCACUCAUUAAGAGCAUAUGGUGAUUUCGGGAUACAAGGGUGGCCUGGCCAAAGGUGCGCCCUGACACUUAAUUUAGCAGUUACCAAAGGUUCCUCUGAGAGUGCUCAGAGAGGAUAAACCUGGAGCUCACGUCCAACCAUACAGAAUGGGAUUCACACCACGGUACAUUCAUGACCCAUCCCCCCUCUCCAGUCAUGCAGUGGUUAAAAACAAAGUCCUGUCUCAGUCUCCUCCUCCUCCAAUGUGUGCAAUCGGGCAACCUUAAUGCUUUUCUAUGGGGAUUUUCAAGACACUGGAUGUCCUCGUGCAAAGCGUGUGCACGUUUCACGGAGUUAAAUUUCAUGUGAAUCGUUGAAGUGUCUUGAGUGGCUGUGUUAACCUUGCAAUGUUUUAUAUUAUAGUCUUAAAGGGACAGUACACUCAGACCACUUCAAUGGGAUGAAGUGGUUUUGGUGCCCAUAGAGUCCCUCUUAUUAUUAUUAUUAUUAUUAUUAUUAUCAUUUACAUAGCUCCAACAUAUUCUGCAACUUUACAAUUAUAAAUGGGAAACACAUUCUUAACUUCAGGCUUAUAAAAAAAGCAGUCUUAUUGCUGUCUGCGCUAUGAGGGUCAGAAACAGAACUGUAGGAGAAGACUAUCCUAGAGCAGGGGAUUGAGAGGUAUAGGUGUACGGAAGUGUUGUAUUUUGGGAAUUCCUACCUUUUAAGGUUGGGAGGGAAUUUAUCCAAUAUGUCCAAAGUCAUAGGCUCUCCUCAUCCAAGAAGGGAAAUAUUCUUAUCUUAAAGGAACACUUUAAGCACCACAACCGCUAUUUCAGGCCUCAAAAUAUCCGCUUGCAUCCUCUCCUCGCAGUUUGCGAGUUUAAAUGAAAUCCAUGCGAGUGCAGAAUGUGCUGCACUGUCCGGGAGUCGAUAGCUUCAGGCUUUCAGUAUCGCGUGUUGUUCCGCACCCUCCCUCCUACUUUAUCUGUCACUGGAGUGUGCUGAGACUGUCUACCCUGCCAGCACUCCAGGCGUUAAUGAUCAGAGGCUUGUGUAAGAUAUCUGCAGGGAAAGCCAGUCCCCCCUCCCUGACACCAGACACAAACUUUAAAUACUGCUCAAUAUAUGCAUUAGCUGCGUAUUACAAUCUUUCAAUAGUAGCCCUAUAGGGAGAGUGCUAAUAGUGACACUGGGGAGUAAUAGUGACUUUAGUCCUAUUGGUAAAAGGAUAGGGUCGCUGAUGACCUACUGGGCGAGCGAUUAAAACCUUGUCAGAGAGAGAAUAAAUUACUGCAGUAGUUAGAGGUUGGCUGGCCAUUAGAGAUACGCUGAGAACACUUUAUGGGGUCUUUGUAUUUUGUAGAUAGCACUUAAUGGUAUUACUUCUUCAUUUUCUCUAGAAUUCCUGGUUCCGUAAAUCUCGCUUCAAAGCUGGAAAGGGGAAGAAAUUGAACAUUGGUGGAGGUGGCUUGGGUUAUCGAGAGAGACCUGGUCUAGGUGCAGAGACUUCGGUGAGGAAUUUGAUACUUUUACUCCUAGUACAGAUCUUUUAGGUUCUGUGUUUGGGAGAAUGGGUCUUUGAUAUGUACCCAUGAUGGCUAAAACCUGGAAUUUCCACCGUCUAUAUCUUCUGUCUUAGGAACGUGCUACUGGAGGAAAUGUGAUGAGUAACUAUGAAGCAUUUAAACCUACUGGAGGAGCAAUGGGUGAUCGCCUGUCUGCUAUGAAGGCAGCGUUUCAGGUAAGGGCUUGAUUAUUAGACCUUCAGAGUGCUUAAGCAUUAGGUCAAGGCAAGUUUUACAGGGCGGGUUCUGUUAGUAUGUGGCUCUAUAACGACCCUGUAUGUUGGGGAACCACUGAAAUUGCAUGGUGACCCAAAUUUUGGGUCCUGACUUUGGGGAUAAUUUAUUGUCACUGGUCUGUUUUUGUUUUUUGCGAGGCAAGAUGACAUGUCUGCUCCCUAUUUUGCUCCAUCCACACUAGCAAAUAGGGAGAUAUACUCAGGAAAAAAGUUCUUCUUUUUUUUUUGUGUGUGUGUGGUAUUAACCCCUUAUGGACACAAAUAUUUCCGUCAUGUGUCCUUAAGGGGUUAAGAAAGAAUGGGUAAUAAAAAAUAUACAGGAACUGUUGCAUUGUUAGCUGACAAUUUGCUAUGAACAUCAAACAUUAAAAAGGCAACGUAGUUUCAUAAUCACAGGCUGAUUUAAAAAAACAACAUAAUUUACUAAGAAAGUUACAAAAAGCCGUUCACUAUUGAGUUCUUUUCAUUUAGAAACUAUUGGCCUGACAUUUAUUUCAAACGUGGGACAGAGUUGGCACAUACUAGAGAUAAAAUGAGUUUGUUGGAUAGCCAAAACAGAAACCAUGUAAACGUACAAUUUUAUGGAAAUAAUGGACAUAUAAGUUUUAGAGAUUAUAGAAUGCCCCUUUUCAGACAUGCUUACAGCAGAAAUAUAUAUUAUUUACAUAUAUAUGUGUAAAUAAUAAAAGUUCAGGUUUUUUAGAAAGACACCUGAAUACAUGUUUCUAUCAACACAGUAAAGGAGGAGACCAUAUUUAAAAGAAGAAAAACUACCACAACAAGAGGACAUUGUCUUAAAUUAGAGGGACAAAGGUUUAAAAAUAAUAUCAGGAAGUAUUACUUUACUGAGAGGGUAGUGGAUGCAUGGAAUAGCCAUUCAGCUGAAGUGGUAGAGGUUAACACAGUGAAGGAGUUUAAGCAUGCGUGGGAUAGGCAUAAGGCUAUCCUAACUAUAAGAUAAGGCUAGGGACUAAUGAAAGUAUUUAGAAAAUUGGGCAGACUAGAUGGGCUGAAUGGUUCUUAUCUGCUGUCACAUUCUAUGUUUCUACAAUGUCUGUCUGUGAACAAGCACAGUUAUGCAUCUCUACUGUAUAGGACAUUACCCUGCAAUACAAAACACAUUUCCCUUGUAUGCAAGUUUCUGGGAGGGCAGUGGUGUAUACUUGUUAUAGAAUUGCACAGGAGGUCAGACCCUGCAGUAAAAACACUAUAACCCAAUUUUAAUAAUAUAUAUUUUUUUGUUUUACUCCUUUGUAGUCACAGUACAAGAAUCAUUUUGUAGCAGCCAGUUUGAGCACUCAGAAAACUGGGACUUCUACAAUUAAUUCUGGAGCAUGGACCAGUGCGGGUAGCUUAAGCUCUAUACCGAAUGUGCACCCACAGCCUCUAGCACCUCCAGCUGAAGCAUCUCCACCGCCCACCCCUAGGACCAUGCCAGGAUUUACGAGCAGUGGAACCCUCAGUAGCAUCCCGAUGUCUUACCCCUCCAUAGGAAGCUCAAACUUUCCUGCAACAAGUGGGUAUAGUGCUGGUGAAGGGGCAAGUGGAAGUCGCGAAGAAAGUGAGAGGUCUAGUGAUAGUAGAGGUCGGCAUGGAGACCGGGAGGCACAUAGGCAUGGAGGACAUAGGCACUCCAGCAGUGGGCGGCAUGGGGAGAGCUAUAAUGGAGGAGAGGGGAAAAGAGAAGGCUCUCGAGAAGGAGGAAGUGGCAGAAGAGACAGUGGAGAAGGACGUAGAGAGAGUCCCAGAGAUGAAGGACGUAGAGAGAGUCCCAGAGAUGAAGGACGUAGAGAGAGUCCCAGAGAUGAAGGACGUAGAGAGAGUCCCAGAGAUGAAGGACGGAGAGAGAGUCCCAGAGAUGAAGGACGGAGAGGGAGCCCACGUGAAGUAGGAGAGGGAAGGAGAGAGAGCCCACGAGAUGACGGAGAAUCGAAAAGAGAGGGAAAGAGUGAAAGCUUUGCAAUACCAGAACCUCCCAAGCGCAAGAAGAGUCGAUGGGACAGUUAAGUUAGCCCAUCUUAUCAUGGGUUUGCCAUAAUUUACUCAAUUCUGUUUGAUUCAUUUUGUUUGCUUUUUUUUUUUUUUUCUCUUCAAUUUACUGUUGGAGGUGACACAAUCCCUGACACUUCGGUUUUUAAUUUGAGAGAACAUAAAUUCACUCUGGACUGGUCCUUAUCUUGCGCAGAUUUGAGGGUGGGGGUCAAGUAGAUCCGUGUGCUUCUACAUGUACAGCAAAAUACAUCCAUUCAUUGCUUUGCAUUAAGUGUUUUAUCCUGCAGUCACUUAGAAACCUGCAAUGUGGGCUAUUCAGUUCCAGCUGUUCCUUGGACACUCUCUCCAUAUUGUGUGUAUGUGCGUGUUAGAAAAUGUUUCUGUACAUAGCAAGUUUUAUCCCCCCUCCCCUCCCUCAUGUGAGAACUUGUUCAUUUCAUAGACAGAGCUUCUGAUUAAAAAAACAUGUUUUGAUGUUGUCUCUUGUCGUGUUACCAGUUUAAAA